CAUACUGUUCAUUCUGUCCAUUCAUCACCGAUUUUCCAUACCCAUUUAUUUGAAUAACGGAAGUUACAUCGAUCGUAUAUCAAAAGCAUACAGCAUUAAUUUCAAAAGCACCUUCCAUCGUCUGGACUGAAAGAUUAUCAGAUAAAUUGCCACACAUCACUUCAUGGGAAAUAAACAGACAUGCAGCUUUAAAUGAUAAACAUCCACGUCGGGUACAUGUGCUGAAUGGACGUGUCGACGUUUCGGGAAAUGUGGAUGUGAUGUUGAAACGAAAGGUGUACACAUAACAUUUUUGGGAGGUUCUUCGUGAAGGAAUAGUGUUACACUGAGAGCCCAUGGGGACCCCAGGAAACACGCCUGUGGACAGGGGCUGCCUGAUGGGCAUCAUUUUCUUUAUCUUUGGACUGGGAACGCUUCUGCCAUGGAACUUUUUCGUAACUGCUUUAAUGUACUUUGAAAACCGACUUAACAAGUCUGAAUGGAGCAAUAGCACUGCCAUUGUGCGCAAAGAGUACUACUUCAAAAACUGGAUGACUCUGCUAUCCCAGUUGCCACUGCUCCUGUUUACCCUGUUGAACUCCUUCCUGUAUCAGUGGGUUUCGGAAAAGGUUCGGAUCGGUGGAAGUCUGGUCUUCAUCCUUCUUUUCUUCAUCCUCACUGCCGUUCUGGUCAAGGUACCCAUGGAGGAGGACCAGUUCUUUUCAGUUACCAUGGCAACCAUCUGGUUCAUUAACUCGUUCGGGGCGGUGAUGCAGGGGAGUCUCUUUGGCCUGGUGGGCCUCCUCCCUCGAAAGUACAGCUCCAUAUUCAUGAGCGGUCAGGGGCUGGCCGGUACCUUUGCUGCAUUGGCCAUGGUGCUGGCAAUUGCAAGCAAAGCAGAGAGAGAGACAGCAGCACUAGGUUACUUCAUCACUCCAUGUGUGGGGACCCUAGUGAACCUUAUGUGCUACGUCACGCUCCCACGUUUAGAGUUUGCCCAGUUCUACUUAAACAAGAAGAUGAGCUAUGAGCUGGAGGUCGCUGUGGAGCUGCUCCCCAGAGAGGAUGGGCAGGUGGAAGACUCCGUUCCAUCCCUCCUGGUGGCUGACAGUGGUGCACCACACCCUGAUGCCAUAACAUGUGACACACAGCAAACCCUGCUCACCCUGCAGCCGCUACAGACCAGCUGUGACAAGAAGUCUUCUGUUAAGGACAUCUUGAAGAAGAUUUGGGUGAUGGCAUUCUGCGUGACAUUUGUGUUCACAGUCACCCUGUCUGUGUUCCCUGCUGUCACCGCAGAUGUGAAGACCAAAUUUAGUGGGACCUGGGAAUCAUACUUCACACCGGUAUGCUGCUUCCUCACCUUUAAUGUAAUGGAUUUCACUGGCCGGAGUCUAACCUUUUGCGUUAAGUGGCCUCCCAAGGAGAGCCCCCUGUUCCCAGUGCUGGUGAUAGCACGGCUGGCAUUCAUCCCAUUGCUCAUGCUUUGCAAUGUGCCAGGCCACAGAUACCUGCCAGUGCUCAUCUCCCAUGAUGCAGCCUUCACUGUAAUCAUGAUGCUCUUCUCCAUCUCCAGUGGAUACUGUAUGUGUCUGUCUAUGACCUACGCUCCACAGAUGGUGGAGCCCAAAGAUGGGGAGACCGCAGGAGCCCUGAUGGCCUUCUUCCUGGCACUGGGUCUGUCUCUGGGGGCAGCAUUGUCCUUCCCGCUGCGAGGCCUGUUGUAUUUGUCUCGCUCGGAGUAGGAGCACCCAGGUGUUUGUCAGCGCCCGCCCCCCCCCUCCACUUCUGCCCACUUAGCUUCCACCCACACAAUGGAACAGAAACAGAAAAACAGAAAAGGCAGCUAGGGGGGGUUCCGGUGACGUCACCACCUAGAAUGGCAGCCUAGAGGAAUAGCUCCUCCGGUAAUAAUAUAUUCUUCGCCUCAUAAUAUAGUCAAAUAUAAAAUUACUCGAUAACAGUUGAUUUGAUAAGUGAGGCCAGAAUGGAGAAAAGGGAUGGAAAUAAAAAAGACACAACUGAUGAGUCGUUAAGUGCAGAAAAUACGACGAGCGGUGAUGGGGCUAAUGCUAACUCCCCUCAGGACAUAGCAAGCUUAGCGAAAGUGUUGGAAGAGAUACGGGACUUUCGGAAAGACACAAAACAACAAUUAAACGAUAUUAAAACUGAGCUCGCUACUGUUAAUCAUAAGAUAGGGGAGGUGGAGACGCGAAUAGAAAAAGUGGAAGACCGUGUUGAAAAUAUGGAGCAAGUGCUAAGCAAGAUGAUAAAAGUGAUGAAAUAGCAAGAAAGCAAACUACUUGAUCAGGAAGGGAGAUCUCGACGGAAGAAUAUGAGGGUAUACAAUAUUCCAGAAGGAACGGAGGGGUCGUCUACGGAAAAAUUUGUGGAAAAGCUAUUACGGGACACGCUGGAAAUUCCCCCAACCACUGAUCUCGGCAUUGAGAGUGCGCACCGGGUGCUCGGCCCGAGGACUUCCGAGGACAGAAACGAUAAGCCGCGGUCCAUUGUGAUUAGAUUUCUCUACUACAAAAUCAAAGACGAGAUUUUACGCAAAGCUUGGGGAAAGAAGAGGGUGUUGAUGAAUGAGAGACUAAUAUAUUUCGAUCACGACUAUUCUCCUGCAGUCUUACAAAAACGUAGGGACUACUUUGAAGCAAAGUGCGUGUUAAAGGAGAGAAAUAUUCGAUUCCAAACUCCGUUCCCUGCUAAACUACGAGUCUUCUACAAAGAAGGGAUAAAGCUGUACCACACGGCGGAAGAGGCGACAACAGAUAUGAAAGAUAGAGGUCUGCCCGUCAGCGUAAUUGCACCGAGAGAAAGCCUGGCUGAACAGCUGUCCCGCACAGCCUGGAACAUAGUGGACAGAGCAGGUUAACAGGGAAGGAGAGAGGAGCGAGAGCGAGGCAUCAGAGAGAGACUGCGAGGUUUCAGAAGACAUACCUCACCUCACCCAGAGGAGUCAUGAUUUACUAAUCUCAGAGAGCUGGUGGGCUAAAUAGAACUUUACAUACGGAGCACAUCGUCAACACUCUAAAUCAAUUUGAACAGUUAUCACCGGACUCCCCCAAACUCAUUUUGGGAGACUUCAAUCACUGUUCGCUUGACAAGUCCCUCAAAGGAUUCUAUCAGUACAUCACAUGUACCACCCGCAUGGGGAAGAUUCUGGACAAAUGCUAUGGUUCAGUCCAGGAUGCAUACAGAUCUAUUCCCCUUCCCCCUCUCGGCUCGGCUGAUCAUCAUACAUCUCCUUCUGCGUUGACAAUAUCAUCCCAUCAAAAACAGUCACCAUCUUUGCCAACAAUAAACCUUGGAUCACCAAAGAGCUCAAGGAAAUACUAAA